CCAGCCCAGCCCAGCCCAGCCGGAUCUUUCUCUCUUUCUCUGCCGUCUCCGCCGCCUGGGAUUCUUGCAGAGCCGCUCUUGGAUUCAUCCUCCACUGCCCAGCUAGCCGGUGAGCAUGGUGGAACACGCCGAGUUCCUGAAUGCUGGCAAGCAACCGGGCCUUCAGAUCUGGAGGAUUGAGAAGUUCGACCUGGUCCCAGUGCCGAGAAACCUCUAUGGUGAUUUUUUUGUGGGGGAUGCUUAUGUGAUCCUUAACACAAUCCGGCAACGUAAUGGGAAUCUGCAAUACGACCUUCACUUCUGGCUAGGGAACGAGUGCAGCCAGGAUGAAAGCGGAUCCGCCGCCAUUUUCACAGUACAACUGGAUGACUACCUUGGGGGAAGGGCGAUCCAACACCGGGAAGUGCAAGGACACGAGUCAUCCACUUUCCUAGGAUACUUCAAAUCGGGACUGAAGUACAAAGCCGGCGGGGUGGCCUCGGGCUUCCGACACGUGGUGCCCAACGAAGUCACGGUCCAGAGACUCUUGCAAGUCAAAGGCAGGAGAACCACACGGGCAACGGAGGUGCCCGUCAGCUGGGACAGCUUCAACAGGGGCGACUGCUUUAUCCUGGAUCUGGGCAGUAACAUUCACCAGUGGUGCGGCUCUGACGCCAAUCGGUUUGAGAGACUGAAAGCCACCCAAGUUGCCAAGGGCAUCCGGGACAACGAGAGAAGCGGGCGGGCCAGAGUCUUCGUUGAAGAUGAUGGGGCCGAACGUGACGAGAUGAUCCAGGUGUUGGGACCCAAACCCACUCUGCCAGCAGGUACCACCGAUGACACCCAAGCCGACGCAACCAACAGAAGGCUGGCUAAACUCUACAAGGUCUCCAAUGGUGCAGGCAACAUGGCGGUUUCCUUGGUGGCUGAUGAGAACCCCUUCUCCCAGGCAGCCCUGGUUUCUGACGAUUGCUUCAUUCUGGACCACGGCACAGACGGCAAGAUUUUCGUCUGGAAAGGGAGAAAUGCCAAUUCUGAAGAAAGGAAAGCCGCCCUUAAAACUGCUUCCGAGUUCAUCAGCAAGAUGAAUUAUCCAAGACACACCCAGGUCCAAGUCCUCCCAGAGGGCGGGGAGACCCCCCUGUUCAAGCAAUUCUUCAAGAACUGGCACGACAGGGACCAGACGGAGGGCCUGGGAGUGGCUUAUGUCUCUGGCCAGGUGGCCAAAAUUGAGCAAAUACCUUUUGAUGCAGCCACACUGCACACCUCGCCAGCCAUGGCAGCCCAACACGGCAUGGAAGAUGAUGGCACUGGGGAAAAACAGAUCUGGAGAAUAGAAGGCUCUGCGAAAGUGGCUGUGGAUCCUGCAACUUACGGCCAGUUCUACGGUGGUGACAGUUAUAUCAUCCUGUACAAUUACAGGCAUGGGAGCAAGCAAGGGAAGAUCAUUUAUACUUGGCAGGGUGCAGAUUCCACCCAAGACGAGAUUACCACCUCAGCUUUUCUUACCGUCCAGCUGGAUGAACAGCUGGGGGGCACUGCAGUGCAGAAACGAGUGGUCCAGGGCAAAGAGCCCCCUCACCUCACGAGCAUCUUUGGUGGGAAACCCCUGAUCGUAUUCCAAGGUGGCACCUCCAGAGAAGGUGGUCAGACCAGCCCGGCACCAACACGCCUCUUCCAAGUCCGUUCCAGCACAUCUGGGGCAACCCGGGCUAUUGAGAUCACCCCAGCUGCUAAAGAACUGAAUUCCAAUGACGUCUUUGUCUUGAAGACCCCAACUACGGCUUAUGUCUGGGUGGGCCAGGGAGCCAGCAACACCGAAAAAUCGGGAGCCCAGGAGCUACUGAACGUUUUGGGAGUGCGGGCAACUCAGGUUGCUGAAGGCCGAGAGCCAGAAAGCUUCUGGGACGCUCUCGGUGGAAGGGCUGCCUACCGCACCUCCCCACGGCUGAAGGACAAGAAGAUGGACGCUCACCCCCCUCGCCUCUUUGCCUGCUCCAACAAGAGUGGACGCUUCACGAUUGAAGAAGUACCUGGAGAGUUGACUCAAGAUGACUUGGCAACAGAUGAUGUCAUGCUUUUAGAUACCUGGGAUCAGGUCUUUGUGUGGGUUGGGAAAGACGCCCAAGAAGAGGAGAAGACGGAGUCCCAAACAUCAGCACGGAGAUACAUUGAGACUGACCCGGCCAACCGCGAUCACCGGACACCCAUCACCCUCAUCCGACAAGGGUUCGAACCGCCGACCUUCACUGGCUGGUUCCUGGGCUGGGAGGACGACUAUUGGAACGUGGAUCCUUUGGAGCGGGCUUUGGCGGAGCUGGCUGUGUGAAGGAAGAGAUCUCUCCUUCUCUUAAUCCUUUGGAAGGAGGAAAGGGUGUGGCCUUCCAAGGUCUCCUUCCAUCUCCUACAGGCACUUUCCUUUUUUUAAAAUAAAAAAAUUAAAAAUUCGCUCAAGAAGCUCACCGGUAGCCGAGACCUGUCCACGAACUGUAUCGUUUUGAACCCGCUUGCUGCUGUUUUGAAGAAAACAGCCUUUAAUAAAGCUUGUAUAGAAUCAGUAAA